CAUUGUCAAGAUCUUUAGCUGCUGUAGAUAGCGAGAAAACUGAGGAUAGUCGUGUUCUGGGACGAGCAAGUUCCCAAUACCGCAUCGGUAAGCUUGUGUUUUCGAGAUAAUUCUGAAAUGUUUUUGCUACAGACGUCUUUAGCAUUUUCUUCUGUUGAAAGCACUGAAAUACCAGGCAUAUUUAAGUGUGUAAUCAUGACAUUUGAAUGAUCCAUUUGUCCCACUGGCUAAUUUCUAAACUAAAUGUUUGCUGAGUUGAGUGUGUUCGGUUCGUAAUGGCAGUUCAGUUGGGGUCGUUUGGGGCUAAAUAUUUGUGCAACAUCCUCAGUUGAUCUACUGGUCUUUGAUUUGGUGUUUUUACCGUCGCGUCUUGCGAAAUCUAAACCUCGAAAACGUAAUAUGUGGUUUUUAUAUUUCUUCCUGAAUUGUUUCCAUAUAUAGACGUUAACACAAUUCUUGCAAGCAACGGCGAGCUUGGAAGGGUUUACGUCAUCUAGACCGAGUAAAUAUUGGCAACGUUGGGCAUAUUUUCUUUGAAACCAAUAAGCUUGCAUAUUCUACGUAGACUAAGCUUGAGCUGAAUCAAUCUCUGUGUUGUUUUCACAUUUCAGGGCUGAAAUACGGUAAUAUUUUCUUAUCAUUCCUUUAGCUAUAGACUAAAUUUAAUAGCAUUUGUUUUUAAUAUUAAUACAAUGUUGCGGGAGUUGCAGAUAAUUAUCUUGGCUCACAGUCACCAGUGAAAGUCCAAAGAUUUUUCCAGAAGUUUAAAAACUAAAAUAUUGAUGUGGUUAUCAACUGGAUGACAGCGCAGCCUAUAUUUUUAAUACAGUUUGAAAAGAACAUUUAAAAGUUCUUUUCAAAAGUCCAUGAAAUACUAGAGGCUUGACAUUUCAAGUUGGAUAUGAAUACUGUGAAAUAAUCAAUUUUUGCCUUUGGCUGUACAAUCACUGCUAUAAUUUUGUAUUUAAUGUAUGCACUUUAGCAUUAUCUUUAAUUUUCCAACUAUAUUUACAACCAAAACCGUUUACAUUAUUUUUUGUUUGUUUACUUUUUUCUUUUUGUAAGUAGUCGACUUGAAGUUAUUGAUGACUGUGAUAAUGUUACAUGUUAAAUUUUAUUAAAGGUGGCAUUUUUUUUUGGUAUUUCAAGACCUUUUUUUACAAAAGUUAACUCUGGAGCAUAUUUAUGUAAAGUAGAUGAGAAUAAUGUUUAUAAUUGAUAAUAUAAUUUUUGAGUUGGUGAUUGCUAUGCAAACCAAUGAGUGUACACGUAACAUGUUUGUUUGUCUUUUGUUGUUGUUUUUUACAGCUUUUAAUGAAAUUUUUGCAAACUAUGUUUUUUCAGUAACUAGCACUGUCAUGGAAUAUAUCUUGGAAGAAAAGGCUUAUUUGGCACAAGUUUUUUAAUCCAUUAAUGCCACAGAUUAUUUUUAUCUCUGCAGGCUUUGCCGAAGUGUCAACAUGGGGAAGCUAUUAUCAAAAAUAUUUGGAAACAAAGAAAUGAGAAUUUUGAUGUUGGGGCUUGAUGCUGCUGGAAAAACUAGUAUCCUCUUUAAAAAAAUGCAUGAACUAUAACGCAUUGAAUAAUGAGAGACUUAUCUUUUCAUUAAUUUUUUAAUGUGAUUUUGGGCUAGUAUCUGAUACUUACAAGCUUGGUUAAUACAUGUUUGAAUUAAUAGUUAUAGUGUUAUUCAGGAAUUUAGAGGGUUGAGAGCACGCAAUAUUAUAAUAAUUUUUUUCCUAUGUUGUCAGAACUUGCAACAAUUAUUUUUUUCUUCUCUCAAUCUUCUGAAUUUCUACCCCUCGCUACAGUGUAUAAAAUGCUGUCAUAAUGUAGUUUUGAAACCAGGGCAACAGACAAUGGUUGUAUGACGGGUGAAACGUGCCUCGCUAUGUAAUUGCGUUUUGGUAUCUUUAGUAUUUAUUAUCGAGUAAGAGAUAGAACAUGGUGGAAAAAAUCUCCUUUCAGUUCCAUUCUAGAUAAUACAAACAAAAAUCUUCUGUUUUGCACUUAGAAUAAGGGCCUUGGUUUUUAAAUUUGAGUAAACACAUGCACAGUGGGGUUAUGAAUCUGUAACACCUGCACUGUGUAAAUAGUUUUUAUAUUUUCUGACAGUUAAAUUCCUCUUAAAGAUUUCCAGGUAAUGUCGUAAGUCUAAUAGGUGUACAAAGAGCUAUGAGGAUUAUAUUCCACUCUGCUGUUGGCAGUGUAGAGUUUUAAGUUCAUGUGAAUUAUUUUCUUUAGUUGGUACUUUUCCAGUUCCAUAUUUACCACCACAGGAUAUUAGUCGGAUAUGUAACCUAGCUUAACCUAGUGACUGAGCUUACAAGUACCUACAAUGUAUCAGGACUCAAAAAGAACUUGAAUUCUAGCUUGUCCUUUGGGUAAGCAACUUUCACAUUUUGCUCUCUAAGGCCACUCCUUGCUCAUCAAGGUUAACCCUUUAAACCCUGAGAUCAAAAAUUGAAUUCUCAUUUGUUACCCUAAUUCAUUUCCUACAGAAGUAGUGAAGAGAAGUUGAUAAAAUAUCAAUCAAAUUCAUCUUGUGUGAUUAUCUGUAAUUCUCACGACCACGCUGUUUUACAAAGCAUUGAUAUUACAAGGAGAAAUUUGAUGCUGAUCACUCUUAGGGCUUAAAGGGUUAACAAUUUUGUUUGACAUUGAAUAGGCCAUUUGCACUAAGAGGCCAAGUGACAUCGUUUUUAAGAAAAUGGAAGUUAUAUGAUUUUUCCUUCGAAAUUCGAUAAGUGGGUCAUAUCUUAAACAAAAUAAUAGUGAUUUGCAGGGUUGUCACUAAGAUUUCAAGUUGCCGGGUAAACACAACAAGUAGGCGGGGAAUCAAACGGCUAGAGAUUUCUUUUGGUUCUAUUUUUCUUCUAUUUUCCAAUAAAAGUAGCCAGGGGCCACUCUCUUAGUAGCCGGGGAAAUCCCCGGCCCCAGCUCUUAAUGACAACCCUGGAUUUGGUUUUUCAAACCUGUACCAUUUUCUUAAAAUGAGUAAAUUCGUAGCCGGUCAUGUGAUGAAAAUGUUAUGUUUAAAAUUGUCAAUUACCUCUUUCUGAACACAAAUUUUGCACUUAAACGUCAGAGAAAAUGUUGAAAAGAUGAUGUAGUUACGUUUACAACACAUUUGAGCAUAACUAGCAAAUAUUUAACAAGUCACAAGCAGAAAGUAUUGGCCGCCAUAUUGGAGGGCAAAAGUAUACCCUCCAAUAUGGCGGCGUAUACAAAUCAUACUACUUUGUGGCAAAAUCAAAGUGCCAUAAAAUAUCUCCCUUAAAUGCGUUUCCUCUCAAAUUUCGGGUGUAAGAUAAUUUUUAUGUUCUCUAUCAAUUUUUGGCAUCAGCAAGAUUCCAACUCAUUGUUUCAAGGAAGCAUUGGUCACAUGACCUCUUAGUGCAAGUGGCCUAUGUAUCAGGGCUCAAAAAGAACUUGAAUUCCAGCUUGUUCUUUUGGGUAAGCAGCUUUCACAUUUUGCUUGCCCAAGGCCACUCGUUACUCAUCAAAGUUAAUGAUUUUGUUGGAGGUUGAAUUGUCUGGACCUUUGCCCUUUUAGCAAGUAAGCUUUAAAAGUUACUUGCUCAACGGGAAACUCUACUUGUCCUGGACUACUGGACAGGACUUAUUUCAAGCCCUGGUGUAUAGUUAUGUCAUAGUUCAGUUUUAUCCUUGGUUAAAAUUUUAUUUUCCUUCGCUGUGGGAGUGGUUUUGUUGAUAAUGAGUUUAUAAAAGAAAGGAAAAUAAAAAUUGAACCAAGGGAAAAAUGAACUACAACGUGCAAUGUAUUUAAACUGGUGAGGUUAAGUACAUUGCAAUGGACAAUAUUUUGUUACUUGUAAUUUAUUUUUUACUCUAUUCUAUGGAUAAUACCUCAGUUAUACAAUAUUAAUUAAUGGAAGGUUGUUUAAACUAUGUGUACAUAAGGUAAGCAAGAAAAUUGAGAAUGGAGAAGGGCACAUUAUAUUUAAACUAAUUAUGGACCUUUGACAAGAUUGACUGAGCAGCUUAAAAAAAUCGCUGACUGCUGACCACCAAGGGCUGCAUGGGGGCUGAGGAAAUGAAAAAAAAAAACAGAAGAAUCUCCUAAGUGUUCAAUUUCCUUAUUUCUCUUUGAUCUCUUAGAGCUUGUCCCUUGUUUUUCCUCUUUACAUGUGAUAUUUCAUAUUUGAUAUUAUUUGUCUGAUUCACAUGCAUACAUGUAUGUACAUGUAAAAUAUAAAAAGACAAAGAGGAAUUCCCUCAAGCAUAUCACAUGGCCUACACUAGGAAAGCAAAACAUAAAGCUCAAAAGAUCUCUUUUAUAGGGAUGAAAAUGUAAGUUUCAUCCAACACGUUUAUCUUUUUCAUCAAUGUUCAUGUACAUCGUACAUUUCCUACUGUUGAUCCCAGAUGUCCUCAUUUCUUAGUGCAGUUUGGAAAAAACUAGACACAUUAUUACUAAAUAUAUAUUUGCUUAGACGAAGGUUUAUAACAGCUGUAAACUUAGGGUUAAAAAUGGAAAACACAGUUUGCAUUAUCAGGAUGCUAAAAAGUCAGUUUUGCUACUUGGUACAGGGGUUUCAAUAAGCACUGACUUCCGACGAAACGCGUCAGCUACUUUGCUCAUUAAGGUCAGCUACUUUUUUCUAGAAAGAAGCAGCAGCUAGUUUGAAUAAUGUUGUAAACAAAAAAUAUAUCAUAACAUAUGAAUGAAGACGUAAUUAUGAUGUGUUUUCAUAAAGGCCCACUGGUUUUACUUCAUGCUUUAGUCUUGUGAAUGCCAUAUUUCAGUCAUUUUUUUACAAGUUUUUUCCUUGGUUUAUGCAGAAUUUGUUUACGCGGAAAAGUACUUAAUUUUCAUCAUUUGUCCAUUGCCUCUAGGAAUUGAUUGUGUGACUGAUAAAUUGAGAGCUACUUUUUCUUCAAUGAAAAACACGCUCUUCUGAAAAUCGCAUUUUAGGGCUUUGGAAUUUCAAAGUUUUUCUGGGGCAGAACGCGCCCCUCCCCCCUACCCCCUAAUAAACGGGUGCUAAUGGCCCCUAUUUGAUACAGUAGGUUACUCUAUUCAAACCUGCUGGCUACUUCAAUUUUUAUUGAAACCCCUGUUGUUACAUGUAUUUGGGUAUUCUGUAGCUAGUAUGUACUAGCCCAAGAGAUAUUCUAACUAUCCUGAUAACAUUUUUGAUGAGCAGGAUCUGUAACUUUCCUGUGACUGUAAAUAAGUUUCUGCAAUGUUCCUUGUUACAAAGGUGCAUUUACAUACAUAGAGUUUUCAAAAAAUUAUUUGUUGACCCUUAACACCAAGCAGCUGUAUUGUACAAGCUUAAACUUGGGCAGUCAGUCACAACUAUACCAACUGUAGGUUUUAAUGUGGAAACAGUGUCCUACAAGAAUGUUAAAUUCAAUGUUUGGGUAUGUUCUAUUAUAAUGUUUUAUCUUGAAUCUAUUAAAUAAUAUUGUUAACUCAUACAUUUGUUCGGAGCGAUAACUUGACAAGUAGACAACAAUUUUCAAAGGUCUAAUGUUCAAAACUCAAGAGGAACUAAGCCACAGGCAAGUGGUUUCUCUGUAUUGUUUCACAAGCUUGCAGUGUCUGAUGUCUUAAACUUCUAGCACUUGGUCAAUGCCCUGAUGAUUGGCCAGCAGUCUACUUGUCAGCUCUUGACAUUAUCUAUUUUAACUUGCAAUGAACCAAAUCAGUUGAUACCACAUUUCACUGUCAGUUGUAGAUGGUCAUUGUAAAUUCAGGAGCAAAAUGGGUUGAACACUCUUUCAGAAUUCGAAACUUUGACUGUGACCAAUCUCAUAACGUGCAAGACGUUAAUUUAGUAAGCUUUUUAGGUCCUGCAACUGACAUUAAAUAGAAAACUUCCUGUGUAUAAGAAGUUCGUAGCCAUGUAGAUUGUAACUAUUAAAGGAAAAAGCUGUAUUUUGGCAUUUGAGAAAUAGUAUUGUUUGUCUUUUAGGAUGUUGGCGGACAAGAUAAGAUUCGCCCUCUUUGGCGGCAUUACUAUGCUGGGACCCAGGGCUUGAUAUUUGUAGUUGAUUGUGCCGACCGUGAUAGAAUUGAUGAGGCAAGACAAGAGCUCCACAGAAUUAUAAACGACAGACUCAUGAAAGAGGCCAUUAUCUUAAUAUUUGCAAACAAACAGGAUCUACCUGAUGGUAGGUAUAAUUGGACUCAUUAGACAUGUAGCGCAUUAAAAAAUGCACAUUUGUGCUUUUUUUGGUAAUGCAUUUUGCUAAAUUAAUUAAGCCCGCUCUCAAUUAACACCCCCAACCCCCACCCCCCCGCUCAACCUUGCUUGAAGUAGAGUUACAGUGGAACCUCACUAAUAUAACAAAGGGCCAAGGGACUGGCAAAAUUUUGUUCACUAUGACGAAGUUUGUUAUACCAAGGACCUCGUUAUAUAAGAGUUUGUUAUAUUGAGGUUUCACUACAUGAUAGAGGAUUUUCAGUAGUGGGCUAUAACAGACCUUAAUGUGUUGUUAUUUCAUCAAGACUCUUGGUUAAAAAGGUUUAAAGGCUUGUUUAUAGUGGACAUGUACCUUAUCCAGCUAGUUUACAGGCACUCCACUCAAAUACUUAGAAACAAAUAAUUCAAAUGUAACAUAACAGGAUUAAAAACCCCAACUGUCAGGUGACAGUUGGCUAUUUACAAGUGUGGCUGAGGAUUUGAACUCAGGACGACCAAGAACAAAUCCUGCAAGUCACCAGAGCGUGACUAGAACCCAAGACCGCGGAAUUGUGAGUCCAGUGUGCUGACCACUCAGCCACACUGUGUCCUUGGUGUUGUUGAUUUUUUUGUAAAUCUACUAUAACCAUUGAAAACAACUACAAAAUGUACAUUUAAAGCAAUAGGUACAUCCUGUAGCAUCAGAUAAGGGACUGGUCAAAAAGUAUGGGGGGAUGGUGGGCCGGAGCAGAGAGGGGGUGGGUCAUGAGGUUUUGAGCCUUGUGCAAGGGGUGGAUCGUGCAAUUUUCAGCUACCCUUAGGGGGUGGGUCACCCUAUUUUUUACUAACUACUAACGAGACGGUUGACUACACUUGUUAUAUAAAACACAGCCAACUGGAAUUAUUGCUAAAAUACUCACAAACCUGUUGUGCGAGAAAAUACAAAGGUUGACAGGCCGCACAUCUAUACGGGCGUGGAACCCUCUGUUAACCUUUUUUUUUUUGCUCUAACGAGCAUGUCCUUAAACAAUUUUCUUUUUUUGUAAGGAAAUGAUUGGUGGUCCUUUAAAAAUUUAUUGAAGUUAUAGUUGGUUUUGUAUAAGAUUCCAUGUUUUCAUUCAAGCUUCCUUUAUAGUAGACACUGAGGGCUGGUAUUGUGUCACGAAUGGCAAUAUUUCUUUUUUCUCCUUGUUGUUUUGUUUUAGGAGUUUAGACUCCCUUUUGUAAAUUUUAUUUCUGAUAGUAGGUUUUCUAUCAAAGAUAGGGAGCACCCAACGAGAAUAUAGUUCAAAACCAAUUUAAACAGUAGAUAUAGGCAUAUUUUUAUCCCCUAAAAAUUUUCCAUCUGUUCGGAUCUCCUACCUGAAAGUCUAGUGAUACGAAAAUUAUAGGGAUCAAAACUUACUUUGUCGAAAAUUUCAGCCAGAAAAAAGACUCCCGAAAAUUCUAGGUGACCUUUUUAGGGUAAAAAUCCGUUAAAAAUGGGCAAUUAUACCGUUUUUUUAGAUGUUCGAGAAUCCUAGGAGGGGCAGACAAGCAAGAAGUUUUACAACAAAUGUUUCAAAAAUUCUAGAUCUCAAAUCGUCUUUCGAACAGAUAUUUUCCGAAAAUUGACGUUGGGUGCCCCUGAAAGAUUGUGGGUAGCCUCCGUCCGUCAAGCGUUUUUUUUUUAAAUUUGAAUUAUUUUCCUCAAAGGUUGUUUCUGAGGAGUUUUUUCGUAGGAUUCUUAAGGAUUCUCCUUUGACAAAUUCUUUUUUUAACAUUUGGAGGGUGACACGAGGUCAAAUGUGUGUGCAAGAAGCUUUCCGUUUGUUUAAAAUGUGUCUUUGUAUCAAGGAUAGAUUUUUCCUUGAAUCUUGUGCCUUUGUAUACAACCAUGUCUAAGAACGCAGUCUCAGUGUCAAAUGUUUCGGCCAUGAAUUCAAUAGUUGGGUGAUGUAAGCUUGCUUGUUCAAUGAAGGCUUCGAUGUCUGGUUUACUCAUGUCCCAUGGGGAAAAGAUAUCGUGUAUGUGGCAUUUCCAAACUGCUGUUCUAAAGACAAUUUUGCUUAGAGUCGUUGUUUCAAUAUAUGUCAUGAAAACAUUGGCAAAGGAAUCAAAACUGCUGUCUUUGUGCCCAUUGCAGUUCCAUGGUUUUGUAGGUAGUGCUUCCCACUGAAGUGGAAGAAAUUUUCUUUGAGGAUUUAUCUAAGCAUUUCCGGCAAGUAAUGUGUAGGAAUGGGUUGUCUUUGUUGAAAAUUUCAUAUGCUUUGUGACAAAUAAUUUCAAUUUACCCUCAUUUUGCAUUGUCACCACUCCAUUGAAACAAGAAAUGUUCGGUUUUCACAUUCGUUUUCAGUGAAAGGCAUGAGUUCUGUGAUUUUGAUAUUGGUUGUAUACAACAAAUUUUGUCAAGCAAUAGAACAAGGUUUUAUUGGAUUUUAAGAGGAGACAAUCCAUGUUUUAACUAGGGGUAAAAUACCAUCAGCCAUUUCCAAAUGACCCUGUCCCUAAUUGUUUAAUUUCCUAUUAUACUAUUACCAGCAUCACCACAGUUUUAGUUGAUGUUUUCAAUUAUAAAAUGACCCUGUAAUUGUUUAUGUGUAACAGUUUUAGUUGAUGUUUUCUUAUAGAAGAUUGUGGGACAGAUUUGUUUCCAUUAUCUCUUUUAUAGCGUUGCUGAAAUAAAAAAUGACCAAAUUUGCCAUGGCUUCUGUUUGUUUUGGUAAACAUGCAUUUCUCUGCAUCAAUUUUCUUUACUUAUCUUAUUGUAAAGUUAAUGAGGAAAGAUGAGCGUAAAAAGUAGCACACAUUGUAUGUUCUGGCACAUCUCACUGUGAUUGAAAAGAUUGCCUUGCUUACUUUCAAAUAGUAAUUUUCAAUUUUUUUGGCACUUUACUUAUCAAUUUAUCAGGUGCAAGGCUUUCAUUUGGAUUCUUUGGCUCUUAAUCUGCUCUGUAAGAUGGAUAUUAUUGCAUUUUUGAGUUGCUAGUGUUUGAGUAAUGAUGUAUAUUAAUUCAUUAAUUCUUAGCAGUGAAGGGUUUAUUUGCUUACUAUUGAUGCACUGGCCAAGGAAAAGGAAUAAACUUGCUUAUAAAGUAUUAUUAUUCCACUAUUAUCUCAUUUUACCAUAUAAGGUCAAGAGAACGUGCAAAAUAUGAGGCCAUAAUACACUGCACUGUAGUGUCCUGGUCUAACCAGUUUGCAAAAGGGCAAAUACCGGCGGAUUGGAUGUAAAUGGAGCAACUAUGGUAGACAGAAUCAGGGUGUUUUGGAUACUCUUACCAAAAAAUAGAGGCCAAAAUAACAUUUUUUUUUCAGUAGAAUAAUUAACUGCUCAAUCAAUGGCUUAGGCUGCAUAUAAUACGUGCAAACAUGUUGCACAUUGUAUCAAUUUUCAAUCAUAGCUUUCACACUUUGACCUCCGGAGAAGAGGUACUGGGUUUGAUACCCAGCAUUACGUUUUCUUUUUUAUGGUUACUGGAGUAGACUAUUCAUAGCCAGUAAGUACAUGUAGUAUUAGAUAAUUUUUGCUUCCUUACAUGACAUAAUGAAUCUAACAAAUCUGAGAUCAAGAUUCUUAUCUUGGAUUCUCUCAAGUAAACAAUAAUUAUUGUGACUGUAGCCCGGAGGAUGAUUUUAUCAGUCAAUUAAUAAUAUUAUUUUUUACUUUUUUCAUUUUGCAGCAAUGAAACCACAUGAAGUGCAAGAAAAACUUGGUCUUACAAGAAUCCGUGAUAGGAACUGGUAUGUGCAGCCGUCAUGUGCAACAACAGGAGAUGGCUUAUAUCAAGGAUUACAAUGGCUUAGCUCCAAUCACCGCACAUGAUGCUCAGCUUUAGUAAUUAAAUUUUCCACAAUAAUUCAAUAGUUUUUUAUGGUUGGUCCAACAGCAUUAUUUGAACAUUAUUGAAACUCACAGCAGUUUUAUCCUGAAAUGGACUUGAUAUUGCUGCUACUUUUUUUUGCAUUUUUAUUACAUACUUUUUUAUGAGGUGUGCAGCUGUUGGAAUGUUACUGGAAAAAGUAAAGGAUUUGCUCUCUCUGAAGUUGUGAAACUGUAUUAGAAGCAGUACAUGGUUAAAUAUAUUUUCAAAGUUGAUGUAGUGGAGGUAGUGUGCGCCACAGUCAAAACUAACAUCUGGUUAUUGGCUGUUAACCCUUUCAGUCCCAAUAGUGACCAAGAUCCAUUUUCUCCUAACAAUAUCCAAAUAUUGUCAACAGAUAAGUUAUGAGAAUUAUUAAAAUAAUCACCCAAGUAAAAAUGCCUUGAUCGUUUAUCAAAUUCUCUUAACUCAUUCUGUAAGGAAAUGUAUAGAGAUCAGUUUGGAGAAUUUGUAUGUAGAUACUGGGGCUUUAAGGGUUAAGUCUGUCUGCAAGCUAGGGCCUAAAUCCUUGUUGUUGGCCCCUAGCUGUGUACCAGGACUUGAGUACAUCCCAUGAUUGGUUUGUUUAAAAAGUCAUUGUUCAAUUGGCCAAUCAGGUUAAUGGGCAAUUUAAAAUGCAAAUCUGGUAAUUCAGUCUGUUGGGGGCCCAGAAUAGGGAUCUUGGCACUGCUUAACAGUUGUUACUAUUACAAGCACGAUGUUAGAUUAUGUCCGCGAUGCUGGCUCUAGCAGAGUGUGUGCAUAUUUUUUAUCUAUGUACAUUGUGUAGGCUGUUGCAGAGCAUUCUAUUAUUAAUUUUUUGGCAUUUACUAAUGCCAAUGACAUUAUUUUAGAGUAGUGAGUCACUCCCAAAGCACCUGAAAGCUGGUUGUUUUCCAGACAAAACUUAAGGUGUAAGUCAUUCAGUGCUAAUUAGUUUGGAAAUGCCUUUGUAGCCUUUGUGUAGCCGCACCCUCCCCCCGACGAAGGAAAAACAGAGAGAGGGACUCCCUCUCUCCGUUUCUCCUUCAUCGGGGUGAGGGUGCAGCUACAUGUAGGCUAAUGCCUUUGGGACAACUUGCAUCCACAUUACUGUUUGGUGUUCCUGUGGAAAUCUACAUGUAUACAGCUUUUUUAAUUAACAUUGUUGGAAAGCCUACACAACGUGACUUCGUUGCAAUAUGGGCAAUUUAAUAAUAAUAAUAGUUGACCAGCAACCCAUCAGUCAUAAAAUCCAAAGUCAAACUUUUGCUGUAUUUUAUCCAUAAGUAGCAUGAAAACACUGCAAAGUUAUAACUGAACUAUAAGAGGAUUUUCAGCCAGCCACAUGACUUUGUUGUCGUUCUGCAUUUGAUGGGAGGCAUUAAAUCAGUCAAGUUUGGUUGAAAUAGCUGUAUGUUGUUGUUCAGUUUUAUCCUUGGUAAAUUUUAUUGCUUUUUUAGGAGGAAUGUUAAUUUAUGACAAUGCAGUUUAAAAACAAGGGAAAUGUAAAAUUUCAUCCAAGGAAAAAAUUCAACCACAACAAAUACUUUAUUUUAAUCAUUAAAAUUCAUUUCUCAAACUACAACUAAUGAUUAACUGUCCAGGGAGUAGAUACCUGAAGACUUUUAGGUUCAGAUAAUAUUUUAUCACAAUUUUUUUUCAGCAUUGGUCAGGAGUGUUAAUCAAACCUUAUUAGGAUACAGGAUAUCUUUACUAAAAAUGGUUUCUUAAGUCAAGCCCCAGGCCUUUAGUAAAAGGUAGUUAUCUGUCUACUUGGAAGAAAAUGAUUGAGUUUUUUUAUAGAAAACAAAAAUUAAGGGCCCAUUUUGGAUUUUGUCACAGUGAACGGGGGUUUGCUUUUAUGUGUUGCCAGAAUUAUAAUUGUAUUAUAUUAAGGUACCUGUUUUUGCUUGUUUAAAAUAUUUUGUAUUUUUAUUUAGUACUUUAGGUACUCUUAACCUUGAUUUUGUUUUGUCAGAACAUUGCUGGAUAAAAUUGAAGUGUAAUUUGAUUUGACUUUCCGAUUGUUGUAUUAUAAAUAUUGUAAAUUCAUCCUUAUUCAUCAGACCUCAUCUGCUUUAUAAGGUAGAUAAAGCUAUUUCCAGGACAAAUUACUUGUUUGCUGGAUAGAAAUUUUGCCAGUGAAAAGCACUGUACAACUUUUGGACAAUAACAUUAAUAAGACAAUUAACGCCUCACAAAAGGUGAAAAUUUUCAAAAUAAUAUUAUUGGAUUAGUCACACAUAACAAAAUUUCUUCCCAGUACUGUAUCUUGAAAUAUGCUUAAAUGCUAGUUUCUAAUUUAAAAAAUAAAUGCUUGUGGAAUGCACAAAGCAUAAGAACAUUUUUUAUGAAAUUUUUGGUGUUGGGCAACUCGAUAAUUUUCAGGGCUGUCUCAUAUUUUUAGAUAGACAUAAAGUCAAAAAAAAAAUUUGCGAGGUAAAUCUCUGGUAGAUUGUGUGCUUGAUACUAUUUUUAAUUACGUCUUAGUUCAUUUCUUUUUAAAAAUGGCCUUUAAUAUGGUAACUAAUAUGGUAUUUUUCGUGUACGGACUAAAAGAACAUAGAAUAAUCCCAAAUUCCUACACUUAGAACAAGCCCCGUGUUGAAUUGUACGCCAGUCAUUCUAUAUGUAUAAUUAUUUUAUUGGUAGACUGUUGGUUAGCAUGUAUUCGUAAUACAGAAUAUUAAAUUAAUUUAGUAAACCAUGUUUCCUCGAAUUAGCACACUCAGAUGUUCCUUUCUUAUUCGAGGUCAAGUAAACUUUAUUUUCUGAUAGAGUCUCACUGGUCAAUAAAGUUUCGUCUCUAAACAGUC